CCCCCCGCCCCCCGCGCCCGUCGCCGGCUCAGGCCCGAGAGGCGCCGGCGGCGGGAAGAGGCGGCCCGGCGGGGAGGGCGCGGCGGCGGCGGCGGUGGCGGCGGAGCCGGAGCAUAAUGCUAAAGAAGUAAACAGGUCAUGGCACGUUUAACAAAAAGACGACAGGCGGAUACAAAAGCUAUCCAGCAUCUUUGGGCAGCCAUUGAGAUUAUACGGAACCAGAAGCAAAUUGCCAACAUUGACCGUAUUACUAAGUACAUGUCUCGGGUCCACGGUAUGCAUCCAAAAGAGACCACCCGCCAGCUGAGCUUAGCUGUGAAAGAUGGUCUCAUUGUUGAAACGCUAACAGUGGGCUGCAAAGGCUCAAAAGCUGGUAUUGAACAAGAGGGAUAUUGGUUGCCAGGAGAUGAAAUUGCCUACAGUAUGCAGCCUUUCUCCAGGACAGCAACCCCAAACAAGGACUGGGAAACAGAAAAUCAUGACUGGUAUUGUUUUGAAUGCCAUUUGCCUGGAGAGGUGUUGAUAUGUGACCUGUGUUUUCGUGUGUAUCAUUCCAAGUGUUUGUCUGAUGAGUUCAGGCUUAGAGACAGCAGUAGUCCCUGGCAGUGCCCAGUUUGCAGGAGCGUCAAAAAGAAGAAUGUAAACAGGCAGGAGAUGGGCACGUACCUGAGGUUCAUCGUCUCCCGCAUGAAGGAGCGGGCUAUAGAUCUUAAUAAGAAGGGGAAGGACAACAAGCACCCGAUGUACAGGAGGCUGGUGCACUCAGCUGUUGACGUUCCCACCAUACAAGAGAAAGUGAAUGAAGGGAAAUACCGAAGUUACGAAGAGUUCAAAGCGGACGCUCAACUGCUUCUCCACAACACAGUGAUUUUCUAUGGAGCGGACAGUGAGCAAGCUGACAUUGCAAGGAUGCUCUAUAAAGACACAUGUCAUGAGCUGGAUGAACUGCAGCUCUGCAAGAAUUGUUUCUAUUUGUCAAAUGCUCGUCCUGACAAUUGGUUCUGCUAUCCUUGCAUACCUAAUCAUGAACUGGUUUGGGCUAAAAUGAAAGGUUUUGGGUUUUGGCCAGCCAAAGUCAUGCAGAAAGAGGACAAUCAAGUGGACGUUCGCUUCUUUGGCCACCACCACCAGAGGGCCUGGAUUCCCUCUGAGAACAUUCAGGACAUCGCAGUGAACGUCCACCGCCUGCACGUGAAGCGCAGCAUGGGGUGGAAGAAGGCCUGCGAUGAGCUGGAGCUGCACCAGCGCUUCCUUCGCGAGGGCAGGUUCUGGAAGUCUAAGAACGAGGACCGAGGCGAGGAGGAGGCAGAGUCCAGCAUCUCCUCCACAAGUAAUGAGCAGCUGAAGGUCACUCAAGAACCAAGGGCAAAGAAAGGACGGCGUAAUCAAAGUGUGGAGCCCAAGAAGGAAGAGCCAGAGCCUGAAACUGAAGCUGUGAGUUCUAGCCAGGAAAUUCCCACAAUGCCUCAGCCCAUCGAAAAAGUCUCCGUGUCGACUCAGACCAAGAAGUUAAGUGCCUCUUCACCAAGAAUGCUGCAUCGGAGCACCCAGACCAGCAGCGAUGGAGUCUGUCAGAGCAUGUGCCACGACAAGUACACCAAAAUCUUCAAUGACUUCAAAGACCGGAUGAAGUCUGAGCACAAGCGUGAGACUGAGAGAGUUGUCCGAGAAGCUUUGGAAAAGCUGCGUUCUGAAAUGGAAGAAGAAAAAAGACAAGCCGUAAACAAAGCUGUAGCCAACAUGCAGGGUGAGAUGGACAGAAAAUGUAAGCAAGUGAAGGAAAAGUGUAAAGAGGAGUUUGUAGAAGAAAUCAAGAAGCUAGCAACACAGCACAAACAACUAAUUUCUCAGACCAAGAAGAAGCAGUGGUGCUACAACUGUGAGGAAGAGGCCAUGUACCACUGCUGCUGGAACACCUCGUACUGCUCCAUCAAGUGCCAGCAGGAGCACUGGCACGCGGAGCACAAGCGCACCUGCCGCCGGAAGAGAUGAAGCCGGCCCCCCGGAGUCGCCCCGAGGAUUGCUCUUCUCAGACACAGCAGUUUUUGUUUCCAAGAAGCCAAAAUUGUUUAGAAUUUGCUUCCCAUUUUGCACCAGCCUUUAAACACUUUUCGUGAAGAAAUUUUGCACAGUAGUUUAAAUCUUUUGUUAAUGCUCCUCCGGAGUUUUUCAGGGGGUACAAGUAACAUCAGUGGAGGGUAUUAUUUUAAAUAAAUUUUAAUUGAAAAUUUGUUGCAUUUUCAGCAAAUUUUAAGACAUUUUUAGGUUUUACAGAGAUUUUAACCUUUAAACAACAGAUCUUUAAAAAACAACAGGUGAAUACAAGUGAGUUUAACAAAGAAACAUUUAGAAUAGAUCUGAAUGUAAGAACUACAGAACUGUUUCGGAAAUAAAACAUACUACCUUGAUGUGACGUUUAUUUCUUAACCUUGCUGAGCUGGUUUUGUUCAGCUUAGUUCACUGUUCAAAGGCAUCAUCUGUUGGUUGUGCCAGUGGGUAUGUGACUGAAUUUAGGGAACAGGGUUGACACAGCAGGGCUAGCCCUGCGUAUUUUUUCUUAAAUAUUUCCCAAUUGUGUUUUUCAUUAUUUCUUUUCAAUAUAUAACUUUUAUAACAAAUUAUUAGCUUUGAUCUUGUAGUUUAAAAUUGCAGGGAACUGGGGUAAUCUUUUACUGAGCUGGAUCUUAGAGAAAAUGAAUAUUUAAACUUUAAAGUUUGCACAUUUCAUCAUUGUCCUCCUAACAUGAGUGCUUGUAACAAAAUAAACAACAAAAAUAAAAUGAAAAACCAAAAACUACCUUUAUCCAUAUGUGAAAUUUUAGAUGAGGCAUACAGAUUUCUUUAAUGCUUCCCUCCCCUCCCCAAAUGUCAUCAAACUGCCUGUUAUCUGGUGUCACCUCGUGUGUCAGAAGUUAAUACUAAAAGGAAAGAAAGCACUUAAGUUUCACAGAAGCCGUUAUGUUUGUAGUAAUGGGUCAUUGCCUACUAAUGAACUCCAUCACUGUACACAGAAUGAAGAAUAAUGCAUGUUAAUUUCCUUGUAUUAAAGAUGCCGUGAUUUGUAAAAAGUCUGUAUUUUGCGGAAUGUCUGGAUUAAGAAGCAUUACCAAUAGGAAUGGAUCGAUAGUUGAAUAAUGAUUUUUUUUUAUACAUAGUUAUAUAAAAUACAGCCAGGAAAACUUAAAUUACUUUUCUUUAAAAAUAUCUCACAAUUUAUGUUUUUUUUUCAAAGACUGAUUUUAGAUCAAGUCAAAUUCCCAUGUAUCACUUAGUUAUUUUUUGAGGUUAGAGAAAUAAUUUGUAAAUAUUUAUUUAGACAUUUGAUAUUUAUUAAAGCAAUUACUCACAAUUGAAGUGAAAGACUCAGGAGAAAAGCCUUUUAAAAAGUUUUCUCCAGGUUUGUCAGGGUCACUCUAAAGAUAAAAAGGUAACUAAGUCUUCUGUGAAAUAUCAUCCAUCCAAUCUUGAUGCUGUUGCAGAUGGUGGUGACACAAGUUAAUUGAGAAACUACUGCCAAAUGGUGCACAAUAUCUUGUAACCCUGCCCCGGAGCCCCAUUUCCUACCACGUACUAAGUCACGUGGUAACUUGGCGUCACUGCCCCUUGUUGCUGUGUGGUCGUCGGCCUCGCCAGGGUGCUUGGUGCUGAUGGAGGUGUCAUGGCCAGGAUCGCUUCACCUUCUUUAAUUGUUUUUCGAGUUAUAAAACUUCGAUCCACCCCUAUGAGAGCAAGUUGUUGUGGAAAUAUUUUGGUGUAAAAUCAUUCCAGAGUAUGUAACAUUAACUGAUAGCUGCAUGAGAGUGAGAUUCGUGUUACUCUGGCUUUCUCGUCUCUGUUGACACGGUUGCACAUUUCAAGUUACUACAGUGUGAAAACUGUGUGUUUAAAAAAAAAAACAAAAUUAAAAAAAGAGAUUGUGGCCUGGUUUUGUAAAAGUUUUAGGUAAAAUUAAAAUUGAUUGUUUUAGGAAUCAUUAUUGAAAACUUUCUGCAAAUCAUAAAGCUGUAUCCAGGUGUUGAGCUUAGCCACUAUGCACAUUGUAAUUACUCAUUGUGGCUGUCCAGUUCUAUGACGCAUUCUGGCAUUUUGUAAGCUGCUCUGACUAGCAAUAUAUAGAUUCAUUUAAUGUGUUAACAUUGGUU